AUGUUACACGGUCAAUACGCCUGUGACGUUUGCACAAAAUCAUACCAUGCAUAUUCCUCUUUCUGGAGACAUAAGAAGCACGAAUGUAGUAGACCAAACAGUUUUCAAUGCAUCUAUUGCUACAAGUCUUUCAGGCAAAAGUACGAUAUUAAGAAACAUGUCCGGAAACUGCAUAAAGAAAAAGUCGAGGAGUUUGAAGAGAUAUUCAAGAGCUGUGAUCUCAAAAUACAGUAUAAAUACAGGAUUGGCAGGUUCACUUGCCCUAAAUGUGGAAAGCAUUACGUCCAAAAAUCAACGCUAUCUCGACAUCUACGUUACGAAUGUGGAAAACAAAAUCAAUUCAAGUGUCCUUACUGUCCAAAAACUACCAGACAAAAAUACGAUAUCAAACUUCACGUUUCCAAAAUUCAUCAGGAACGACGCAUACCAGAAUGUCCAGCUUGCAAGAAGACGUACAAACACAAGAGAAACCUAUGGAGACAUCUGAAAUACGAGUGCGGUGUGGAUCCGCAGUUUGUCUGCAACAUCUGCAGUAGAGCGUUUAGAUAUAAGUCGCAGUUGCACAUGCACACUAUGACACACUUGAAACAAUCUUCACAAACCUACUGA